UAUUGUAUUUUUUUGCAAUGCACUCGCCCGCGGGUAGUUCAAAAACGCUGCCUUAAGGUGAACUUUGCAUCUCAAUCCUGAUGGUCAAGCUGGAAAAGUGUCAUUGCGAAUGACGAAAAGGACCUUCGGAAACCAAUAAACCAACGAUUUCGCUUAUAAACCAAAAUGAGUGUAUAUCAAACAAACUUGUUCGAAUGGUACAACAUCUAGGUCUUCACAAGAUAACUAACUACAGAACUACACGAAGUUUACGAGUAACCUUUGAAGCGUUGUAAAUCAUGAUACGAACACGAUCAAGUUGAAGUGCGAUCAGAGAUAACAUGUGACCUGCAAUGAGCUAUCCCGGAACAGUAUUGCAAGUUCAGACAUGAAUGAUGCUUCAACAACAAUGGAGUGGAGACGGUCGAUAACAGAUGCAAAAUGAUAUAGAAGCAGUGGACCAUCGCGGUAACUCAAUAAACUGACAUGGCGGAUGUACCAACCAAGAAUGAUGAUCGACACAAGGAGGAAGUAGCGAGUGGACGUGAUGAGUCUGAGGGAACACUCGAGAUAUCUG